UCCUAGGUAAAACGCAGGUAGACGCCACGCCCCCAGGUUCGCUCCAAUGACUUGUCUCACAUAUUUCUUACCAUUUUCCAAUAGUGUCCCCAUUACGAUAUUGUGUGUUAGUAAUCCAAGGAAUUAAAAAAUGGCUGCUUCUGCUGUAGAUGAUAGUGAAAUGUCAACGGAAGAAAUUUUAGAACCUUCCUUGAAGAAUGUAAUUGAUCAGAAAUCCUUAAGGUGGAUAUUUGUGGGCGGUAAAGGCGGUGUCGGUAAAACCACUUGUAGUUGCAGCUUGGCGGUGCAGCUUGCGAGGCAUCGAGAGAGUGUUCUCAUAAUUUCCACAGACCCAGCUCACAACAUUUCAGAUGCUUUUAACCAGAAGUUCUCUAAAAUACCAACAAUAGUCAAGGGCUUUGACAACCUCUUUGCUAUGGAGAUUGAUCCAAAUGCUGGCUUCAACGAGCUUCCGGAUGAAUAUUUCGAGGGGGAGAACGAAGCGAUGCGACUCAGCAAAGGUGUGAUGCAAGAGAUUGUUGGUGCCGUCCCAGGCAUAGAUGAAGCAAUGAGCUAUGCCGAGGUCAUGAAGCUGGUCAAGGGAAUGAACUUCUCGGUGGUGGUGUUUGACACAGCUCCUACAGGCCACACCUUGAGGCUACUGUCCUUCCCCCAAGUAGUGGAGAAGGGUCUGGGCAAGCUGCUGAGACUCAAGAUGAAGAUUGGACCUCUCAUCUCGCAGAUGGGUUCUUUGUUGGGCAUCAGUGACUUCAAUUCAGACAGCUUCUCAAAGAAAAUGGAAGAAAUGCUGACAGUUAUACGCCAAGUAAAUGAGCAGUUCAGGAAUCCGGACCAGACGACGUUCGUGUGCGUGUGCAUCGCGGAGUUCCUGUCGCUGUACGAGACUGAGCGGCUGGUGCAGGAGCUGACCAAGUGCGGCAUCGACACGCACAACGUGGUCGUGAACCAGCUCCUGUUCCCCGCGCCCGGGGAGCAGCCGUGCCGCAUGUGCGCGGCGCGCCAGCGCGUGCAGAGCAAGUACCUGGACCAGAUAAACGACCUGUACGAGGACUUCCACAUCACGAAGCUGCCCCUGCUGGAGCAGGAGGUGCGAGGCGUGGAACAGGUGAAGCAGUUCUCCGCCAACCUCGUCGAGCCGUACGUCCCCAAGUGACGGAGGGCUCGCGACGCCCCUGCGACCUAGGACCCCGGAGCGGGGCGGUGUCGGAGCCGAGAUCAGACGUGCUGGAGAGCAGCACCAGACGGCGAUGAACCUGGCCAGUCCAGUAGAUGGCAGAAGAUGUGUUUAGCAUAAAAGUUAUUUACAAUGCCAUAAUUAUAACGGUUAAAGACAAUAUUCUUUUCUCUUAGAAAACUCCCCCCCUUUUUUUUUAACUGUAAAAUUUUUAUUCUAUUUAUUUACAUAAUACUGUUGCAGGGUAGUAUGUUGCUGAUAGGUAAUUGGUUGCAGACUCACCUUUGUUGAUAUGCAUAAGCUGUCCGGUUUUGGUUUCUAAUGUAUUUGCCCAGAUGUGCUACGUGUACGCUCCCUAGGUUUCAGCCUGCUGUAGAGCAAAGACACUUAACUGAUUUAUUUGUUUCAUGGUGUCGUUAGUUUAUUACAGUAGACUGCCGAUUACCCGGGGUAACGACUGCCAAGGGUUCCUCCACAGAUAUUGAAAAAAACACGGUUAAAGCAAUGUCAAUAAGAAAAAUCGUUCAGUUAAAAAAAAAUAUAAACCCGAAUAUCUAGACACUGUAUAACGUUGUACGUAAUAGGUACUAAAGUGUUGGACAUAAUUUACAGAAAAAGUUGCAGAACAUAUCACUUUAACAUAGCUAUAUUUUAUGUUCGAGCUGGUCAAUAAUUUUUAAUUUUUGUUGAAUCUCAAGUACCGCUGGUUUGUGCUUAUUAUUGGAUAUUACUGUGUAAAGAUUAUGACAGAAAUACUGCUGCGUUGUGACUGCUGCUGUGAAACUACGCGGGCUAGUUAUCGCUCACAUGAGUCAUGGAACAGCCACGCCGUGCCAGCGUCAACCUGAGCGUUCACAAGGGCGCGUGUAACACAAGCGUGCACUGGUUACAGGGGUGUGUUUAUAAUUUGCUCUGGCAGUUUUGAAGUUCAUGAUGCAUUGUAACACCAAUUAUGUAUUAAUUAUGUUCGGCAGCAUUUAUCAUCUUGAAUUACAGCUUAAAGUGCUCUGUCACAUCAAUAGAUCAGAAAAAUAAAAUAAUAAUAGUCAAAAAAUAUUUUUUGUAAAAUAUGGCUUGGUUAUCUCACAAUUUGAAUAACCCACACCCGGAUAAUUGGGAGUCUACUGUACUUUGUUUUCGUAGUCUGUGGAUCAUGUGAAUUUGUAAUAUAAACUAUGGAAAAGUUUUACGUUGAUUUUAACCGUUAAUGGAAAGGGUAAAUGUUGGGGUGUGUUAUUUUGAAAGUACAGCUAUCAUUGUGUACAUAAAAUUUUAUGAAUUGAAUAUCAUUUCUACAUAAUUAUGCUUUGGUGCAGAAAUAUAGUCUCUCUGCUGUUUUUUUAUUUGCAAAAAUGGUUUAUAAUAAAUUAUUGUACUGGUAUAUAUACACACAACCACUUCAUGUGUGUUGUGUUGGCAUGAUUUUGUACAGUGGUAUGUACAUUGAGAGUACUGAUGUAAUGUUAACAUUUUUAAAAACUUGUGUAUUGUAAUACACUUGUUGCAGUGCAAUAUUACUGUGAAAUAAAGAUUGGGAUUAUUAUA